AUUUCCUUAUGAUUGAUUAUUCCGACUGGUGUUGGAAGCUUGCAUGCUACUUGUAAAUUUACUUGCGACGACUUGGCCUUGGCGAUCAUUUGCGGCAGUAGAGACCAUUGAAAUGCGGGUUGAGUGAGGAGCUUGCUUCUUGAUGUUACCAAGGUACUGACCAGCUGACAUACACGACACGGAAUUUGAAUGGCGGAACAUUAUAUAUGUUGCGAGCAAUUGAAGACGACUUGAUUCUGUCCGCUACGAAGCUGUAGCUACUACCCACCUGCACCUGGUAAUCUGUGAGGGAAGGACGGAUUCUCAUCUCCAAGAUGUCCCGCGACGCGUCGUUCACAUACCUCCAUCUGCACUCAUCCCAUCACGCAGGCAUGCUCGAGGAUUUCGCUCGAGUCAAACUGCCAGCCGAAGAGAUCGACGUACCAGCAAAGCAUCAACCCAGCAAUCCCGACGAUGAAGAUGACAUUGUGCCAGAUCAGCACGCGGCAUUUGGCAUUCAACGCGCCACGCAGAAAGCGCGUGAACCCGCUUGGCGUGAUUUGGGGUUGGACCGUUUGAUGACGGAUGGCCCGCCGGAGAGGAGAUCAGACACGGGAUCGAUGGCGAACGCGGCAUCGGCAUCGUCACCAGCGGCUGGAGGUCCCUCGUCGGUGCAAGACAGUCGUGUUGGGAGUGCAACAAGGACGACUUUGAGGUAGUUCUCUUGCGGUCCAAUCUUCAGAGUCAAUCCCGAAAUGACAUGCACAAACGUCAUGCUUUAUGGAAUAGUCAAGUUGGAAUUUAUGUACUUGUCAACGAGCCACACCAUAUGCCGGGGAAGACGUGAACGACCGUUCGCUUCGCGUUGGUCACCGAGUUGACUCUGAGCAUACAUAGCCAGGUUGGAGGACACUCGAUCUGUGGAUAGGAUACAUUCUCUCCUCUGCCAUGGGGUAGCAGACAAAAUUGUUGUAUAUUUGUUCUCUGCGACGCC